AUGGUUUCUUCAGACACGGAAUCGGAUGGCUCUGAACAUACGACAGAACCCAAUACCAUCGAACGCGCCAUAUCGAAAGAAAAAAAGCGCAGCCAAUUCCAUAAGACAGAAUCUGGAUUCUUUCUUCCAAACGAUGCAAUCAAUCGGAUCUUGACUAAAGAGGCCAUUGCUCAAGCUACUGCUAUGAAAGAAACAGACGCCAGCGUCAACUAUACUUUCAAGUUCGCGAAAAGACUGUUUGCCAUUGUGGUCUAUAGCGUGUCCUACAACGAUCUUGGCCGCAGUAUACUACAAAACGCUAUGGAGUCGUUCAAAAAAGCAAAUAUCAAUGAUCACAUGCUGCCCCUAAUAAGGGACGAAACUGUAGGAGCCUCUGCCAGGGAUUCAAGUUUGAAAUAUUUUUUUAAAAAAUACAAGAAGCGCAUAUGGAAAUCCAAUAUGGAACAGGCAUUGGACACAUUUGAAGAGCGCCAGUGGAUGUUUCUUGCUCCCACAUUCUCGUCCGAUGUGAAAUCUACCAUCGACGUUCCAUGGUGCGCACCUCUGCCAUUCGUGUCACGCGCUCCUUCAAUUGCAGAAGGCUCCUUUGGGUGGGUAUAUCAUUACGAUGUCCAUGGAGCUCAUAUCGACGACAUUGGCUCCCAGCACUCGCAGCCCUCUUCAAAAUAUACGCCCAGGACCGUAGCGGUCAAGGAAUUUCGAAAACGGAAUGGUGGUAAAGUUUCCGAGCUACGCAAAGCUUGGGAGGCAGAGGCUGAGAAUCUAGUCAAUGUAGAAGAGAGGGACAGCUCACACAUCGUUCACUUCAUUGCCGCUUUCCGUAGGUGCUAUGCAGAUGAACAAAUAAACGAGUAUUACUUAAUGUUUGAGUGGGCAGACGGUGGUAGUCUUCGCCAGCUAUGGGAGGUAGUAAAGCCUCGUCCUGACGUUACGUUUGUCAGAACGGUCUUCGAUCAGCUGAUUGGAAUUACAAGAGCAAUUAGAAAAUGUCACUACAGGGAUAGUGAUGGCGACAGUACUCACUAUCGUCACGGGGAUCUGAAACCUGAAAACAUCCUUUGGUUUCGAACCAGCAACGAUAUCAACGAUAUUGGUACGCUCAAGAUCGGCGAUUGGGGUAUAGCAAAGGGGCAUACCCUUGACACUACAAUCAGGGUAAAUAAUACAUCAACUCGGUUCGGGACUCAACGCUACGAACCUCCAGAGUCAGAGACUGGAUUAGUAGCAGGUUUUGAAGGCCAGAGUGAGAAACGCAUCUCUAGACUUUAUGAUAUCUGGGCCAUGGGUUGUAUUAUUCUUGAAUUUCUCAGCUGGAUGUUGAAUGGCUACGAAGGUCUCUCGAGGUUCAACCAAUAUACAAGUGGCUCUACUGGUCGUGAAGAGCCAUUCUACGAACUGGAAAUUACCAAGCUAGGGGAUAGGAAGAAGGCAGUUGUCCACAGACGUGUUGUGGAAGAAAUGAACAGGAUGGCCAAGCACCCAAGGUGUCUGGUCAAUAAGACCGCUUUGGGUGAUCUGCUUCAACUUGUGAGAGACCAUAUACUAGUUGUGGGCGUUCCAAAUCGAACUGCCUCUGUAAAUCACAACUUUGAGCAUGGAACUCCGGAACAGUGUGGCACGUCCCCCAUAUGGAAUAAUAUUCAUGUGGGGCCGGGUAAUGGUGGUAGAUCAACUCAAAUUGUCCACGAUCGAAGCCACAACGACACACCUAUGAUUGCCGUGAGGGAUACAAUGGAGGAAGCGGCAAAAGUAGAUCCUGAGUCCGAUUAUGAUGAGCUUCCUCAGUAUCGAUAUCAGGCUAAGAAAUUCUUGGAGGCACUAGAAACUAUCAAGCUUAAGCUUGACAAUGACGUCUACCAGUUCGAAGAUGCUAUCAGUGGUGCAAGUCCCAUUACAGUUCCUAUCGAAGAGCAAGCAAUGUCAAGUGCUGUUAGUAAAAUCGAGUCGUUGAACAUAGGGAGGGUAUGA